CUAGUUCUAUUCCCGGAAGUUUAGAAUAGCCUGUCAUUGCGGAAGUAGCUUCAGCGAAGAAAACCUUUUUUGUUGAGAAUUGAAAGAUAAUAAUUUACUGUCGUGAGAAAACGAGUCACGUCAUAUAGUUAGAGAUUACUACCCGUUUUUACUGUAUCUAUUGCUGGCUUUUUGAAAAGGAGCAAAAUGUGUAAUGGUUGUGUGCAGAAAGAGUACCCUGACAGGCGGAACACGUGUUUGGAGAAUGGCUCCUACCUGAUGAACUACCUGGGCUGUGCCAACUGUCACCAGAGGGACUUUGUGUUGAUCAGCAACAAGGCCACUGAGGAUGAGGAUGGAGAGGAGAUAGUCACAUAUGAUCAUGUGUGUAAAAACUGUGACCACGUCGUAGCCAGGCAUGAGUAUACCUUCUCUGUGGUGGACGAUUAUCAGGAGUACACAAUGUUGUGCAUGCUGUGUGGGAAGGCGGAGGACUCCAUCAGUGUGCUGCCAGAUGAUCCCAGGCAAACCGCCCCUCUCUUCUAGAAGAGUACAAUGACAGACUGAGAUGACCAGAUGUAAACAAUCAAGAACUGCUAGCUCAACAUGGACCAGAAGUCCCAUGAAAGAGAUAGACUAUUAGCAUUCUAGAAAAUAGAGCAGGUAUUCUAGAACACAUAUCACAUCUCAAACCCAUAUAGCCAUGCAUCUCUAUAUGGCUCUGCCCAGACAUAACAUUUCACUUAUAGAACACAGAACUUGUCUAAGAUGGCAAGUCCUAUAUUCAUCAAAUUGAAGGAAUAAUACCAGUCUUCUUUAACAUAGACUUUUCAUCAACAGUAAGGGUAAGCAAAGACUACAUAAUAUAGUACAUGCUACUCUUCUUUGACCACAGAUGUACAUACUGUCCAAUUUUGCUAGAAUUAGAUUUAGGGCCUAGUUCACUCAGUGCUUAUGGGGUGGGGGUUGUUACUAUCAGAGAUUCAUCUUGGCUUAUCAGCGCGCAAGAAGGAGCUACUACCAUGUCACAUUACCUACGGAUCUACAUUAAGUUUAUUGAAGGUUUGGGGGCUAUGGGUUGUUUCUGUAUAGGGCCUAUGUUGGGGACUAGGGGUUGUUCCUGGACAGGGCCUAGGUUGGGGUUAAGGGUUGUUUCUGGACAGGGCCUCGAUUGGGGCUUAGGGUUGUUUCUCGACGGGGCCAAGGUUGGGGCUAGGGGUUGUUUCUGGACAGGGCCUAGGUUGGGGACUAGUGGUUGUUUCUGUAUAGGGUCUAGGUUGGAGCUAAGGGUUGUUUCUGGAUAGGGCCUAGAUUGGGGCUAAGGGUUGUUUCUGUAUAGGACCUAGAUUGGGGCUAAGGGUUGUUUCUGGACAGGGCUUAGGUUGGGGUUAUUUUUUAGGGCUUGGAACCCUAGUUAGACUGCUGUUAAGGAUAAAUAACUGUUACAGAUCACAUGUCUGUUUAAAUAGAUUUGACAGCAUUGUUUUUUAAAUAUAAAUAUUAUGUAAAACAAAUGUUUGUAUGUUGGGGGGGCAAUGGAACUUGACACUUUGUACGCAUUUGUUGGUUGCAUCGUAACGUAAUAAAGACAACGUGUAGGUAGUCUA